CCCGUCCUCUUCCUUCACGCAACGAUGGCAGCCUUAAUCACAAUCAUUCUGGAGGACAGCUUCAAACGCCAAGAGGAUCACACAGUACAGCAUCGAGACAGCUGUAUAUGCGGUAAGAGGCAUUCACAACUAUGUCUAGCAAUUUUAUAUAUCAGUGGGCGUCUACUAUAUUUUGGUGAGCAGAACACCGUAAUGGUCCAUAUUAAUGUUUACUCGGAGCUCUCAGAAAUGAGAGGCUCGCUUUCAUUCUAGACAUUGCUUGAACCUCGAGGUAGCGCGUAUUCUUGCUUAUCUAUGGAAG